AUGGAUAUUGGAAUUGUUAAAAUUGCUGAGGAUAAGGAUUUCGAGAAGUUAAAACACUUAUAUGAUGAUAAUAAUGAUUGGAGAUUAGAUUAUAAUAAACCUGAUUUAUCUGUUUGGACAAAAUCUGUAUCAGGAAUUAGUUUUAGAAUGGUAAAAAUUAGAACACGUUUUCCUGAUGUCCUACCAGAAAUAUUAUAUGAUGUAUUACAUGAUCCUGAAUAUAGAAAGGUUUGGGAUACUCAUAUGAUUGAGUCAAAAGACAUAGGUUUUUUUAAUCCAAAUAAUGAUAUCGGUUAUUAUUCAAUGGCCUGUCCAUCACCAUUGAAAAACAGAGAUUUUGUUCUACAAAGAUCAUGGCUUGAUACUGGAAUAGAGCAAUUAAUUUUGAAUCAUUCUGUUUUUCAUAAAGAUUAUCCACCAAGAAAGCAAUUUGUACGGGCAACAUCUUAUCUUACAGGAUAUAUUGUAAGACCAUCUCGAAAUGGCGAUGGUUCUGAGUUGGGUUAUGUAUCUCAUACCGAUCCACAUGGAAAAUUACCAGUUUGGCUAGUUAAUAAAGUUACACAAAUAUUUGCUCCAAGAAUGGUUAAAAAGUUACAUAAAGCUUCUAUAGCUUAUCCUAAUUGGAAAUUACUUAAUAAUCCAAAUUAUAAACCUUGGCAUUUUCCAGAACAAAUAACAUCACCACGUAUAAAAAUUGGAGAUGUAAGUAUAUUUUUGUAA